CGUAAAACAAAAUCUUAUGAAAAUGUACAUAGCUUGUGUUGCUCUAACAUUUUAGAGCAUUUUAGAGUGAUGAUCAAUUAUCUUCUAAAAUGAUCAACGGCUUAACUUUAAGAAAUCGUUAUUUCACAGUUUUACAUGCGAUAAAGUCAGAAUGCAUAAUUUAUUUAAAAUCUCCAAUUUGCUACUCAAAUAUGAUGAAUCAUUGAUGAUGCAAGUUACCAACAAAACCUUAUAACUAUGUCACUAGCCCUGUCAAAAGCUGACAAGAACGUUUUACUAGCAAAUGACCAAUCAAUCAACUGGUUGGUUUGCACGAUGUUUGAAUUUAUCAUGGAUAGCUUAAUAUAAUGAUAAGUCAAUCCAAUCAACCAAUCACUAGACAUUCAUAACUAGCCCAGUAAUGGUAAACAUAAAGCUCAUCGUUGAGUUUUUCGCUCUUCGUUACUUAAAAUCGUUUAUUCUAUUUGACUGUUCGACGAAUAUUUCGGGUUAGACUUCCUUCGAUAUUGAUUAAGCGUGAAACUAAUCUCAAUUUACUCCAGAUCUUCAUUCUGCCGUACACUACUCUAGCGUUCAUUUCAACGGUACCAUGCAAAUUGUCAACAUUUCUAGGGAAGUUUCUUACUCCGACAAAAUGAGCUCAAUUCGCAACGAUUUGGGACUCGUCGUGGACGCUAGUUGUGAGCAAACUGAGAAUCUUUUCAACGUUAUGUCUCGAAAUUCCUUUUUUAAUGCAUCUUACGAGUGGUUGAUUUUUUCAAGAAAUGCCAUCAAUAGUUCAUUUCGUCUUCUUCGACGCCAAAACUUGAACGUGGAUUCGAGGGUGGUGCUUGCUGAAGAACAUUCAUUUGGGGAGUUUUUACUGUUUGAUGUGUACAAUACGUUGUUUAGUAGAAAUGGUAAGUUUCACGUUACAUUAGAGGGACGUUGGAAUGAGGUGCGCGGAUUCAGUAUUGACUGCAGGCAGAGCCUGUACGAUCGGAGGCACGACUUUCAAAACGUGGCAAUUUACGUUGUUUUCACCGAUUUGAGAUAUAAGCAUAAUAGAACAAUUUUGGAGAGAUUGGAAACCAAUGAGCCUCUACAAGAUUUCGCAUUGUGGCGAUUUUCUUACCACUAUGUUCAGAUGCUCAUGAUGAAGCAUAAUUUUCGAGUUCAAUACAUAACCACGCCCGGUUGGGGUAGUCAAUCUAGCAUGGCUCACAAAAACAGUACUGGUUUACUCGGACAACUCAAACUUAGACAAGUGGACCUAUCAGUGAAUAUGGUGUACGUGUACCAAGAUCGGAUUGCAAUCGUGGACUACAGCGUUGUUGUAGCAAUGCACAACUGCCGGUUCGUAUUUCGACAUCCGAGGCGCUCCAAUACUCGAAUCACCUUCUUGCAACCCUUCGAUAACAGUGCCUGGCUUGGGUUGAUCACCGGUUUAACCGUAGCUGGAGUGGCCCUCUUUUGUGCCUUCCGACUGGAGCGAAAAUUUCCUUGGAAUAUUUCCAGAACAUCUCAAGAGUAUCUUUUAACAAUUCUAGGAUUUAUCUGCUUACAAGGAUUCGCUGGAACAACGUUCUUAAACGCCUCGAAGGUCAUCAUAGUCGUGAUGCUUUCAUGUGCAUUAAUAAUUUAUCAGUACUAUAGCUCAUUCAUCAUUGGGUCUCUACUAACGUCCCCACCGAGAUAUCUCAACACAAUUCGCCAGCUUAUUUCCAGCGACCUGGAAGUCACGAUCGAGAAUCUGUUCUACCUUUGGGAGUUUUACAAUCGGACUAUCAAUCCAGAAGUUGAAGAACUGUUUCAGAAGAAAAUCCUUACUGGUUCAGAAUCAUCUACGGAUGUCAUCAGUGGAAUCCAGAAGAUCAAAAAAGGUGGUUUCGCAAUGCAGUGCGACAUUGGAUAUGCAUAUCCCAUUAUAAAAAGAACGUUUACGGAUGACGAAAUAUGCGACCUGCAGGAAAUCGAAGUUUACUCCAAGAAACCGCUUCAUCUACCGCUGCCCAAGGGUUCGCCGCUGAAGCAGUUUUUCCGGGUGACGUUGCGAAAACUUAUCGAGAGUGGAAGUGGUCCGUACUUCGAGCGGGAAUUUUUCAGCCAGAAACCAGCCUGUUCGCGCGACUCGCUGGAACAAGUGGCCCAAAUCGAGGUGGUCCAAGUGGUGCACGUGUUUUACAUCCUAGCCAUGGCAAUGGUGGUUUGUCUUAUUUUGCUGGUGGUCGAGCAGAUCUACUAUCGAUCCAAUCAACGGCGGGAGCGGUUGGCUCCUUACAUGUCUUGAAUAAAUUUUGCAGUUGUAUUCCUAUUCCGAUUAAAUAGAAGCAAUCUAAAUAAAACUAACCUACAAACUCAAACAAACUAAUCCCUCCCAUCAAUCAGCAAAUUCAGUAGUUGAACCCUUAACUUUGUCCAACCUCUAGUGUGUACGUGCACCCAAGGGGCAUUAUGUAUACCUAGCAGUACAUAAUUACUAGGGUGGCUUGAAGUUGUAUGGGAAAAUUUUAAAAUGGACUAAUUCAAUCAGAACAAGCAUUUUCCGGUCCCAUUUGGGCCCCCAAACAACCCCCCAAAAUUUGGGAGCGAUUGGGUUUGACCCGGCUUUCCGCAAAGCGAAUCAAAAUUGUAUGGAAAUUUGUAUGGG